ACACUCCCGCACAGUAGGUGGCGGCAUCCACAAACAAAACGUGUGAACGCCAUGAUGUCAAAGAAGAAGCAGUUCCGCCCCUGCAGGAAGUGGAGGUGACAGGUGAUUGGUUGAAGUGUCAUUCAGGAAGUGGUUGGGGCAUUUUCUACAACUUGUGUCAGCUAAAAGUUCUACAUACGAUAUAACCUAGGAGGCCUCCAACUUUCUACAACUACAAGAUAGCAACUCUGAACAGUUGGAGGAAACUGCAUCAAUACUGAGAUUUGAAAGCACUUCUGACUAAACAAAACUGAAGUAUACUGCUUCCUUCAGAGGCCAUUACAUAAUAUCGUGACAGGUUGGGAUUUCUUCAAGAAAAUGGCUUCCAAACAUUCUCCCCAAGAAGAUGAUUUAUCCUGUCCUGUGUGCUGUGACAUCUUCAGGGAUCCUGUACUCUUGUCGUGUAGCCAUAGCUUCUGUAAAGACUGUCUGAAGGAAUUCUGGAAACAAAAGGCAUCUCGGGAAUGUCCCAUUUGCAGUAGAAGAUCCUCAAAGGAAGAACCUCCUUGUAACCUGGUUUUAAAGAAUCUGUGUGUGGGCUUCUCAGAUGAGAGGAGUCGGAGAGCUUCAGCAGGGUCUGAGGUGCUCUGCAGUCUGCAUGGCGAAAAACUCAAACUUUUCUGUCUGUAUGAUAAACAGCCAGUGUGUUUGGUGUGUCAUACUUCUAAAAAACAUGCACAACACAAGUUCUGUCCCGUCGAUGAGGCUGCACAGGAUUAUAAGGAGGAACUCACAACUACAUUGAAGCCUUUACAGAUGAAGUUGAAGGCCUUUAAAGAAGUAAAACUAACCUGUGGUGAAACCGCAAAGCAAAUUAAGCUACAGGCCCAGGACACAGAGAGGCAGAUUGAGGAGGAGUUUGAGAAGCUUCACGAGUUGCUUCGAGAGGACAAGGCAGCCAGACUAGCUACUCUGAAGGAGGAAGAGAAGAAGAAGAGUGAGAUGAUGAAGAAGAAGACUGAGGAGAUGAGCAGAGGGAUAUCAUCACUUUCAGACACAAUCAGAGCCGUAGAGAAGGAGCUGAAAGCAGAAGAUGUAUCAUUCCUGCAUAACUAUAAGGCCACAGUGAAAAGGGCCCAGUGCACACUGCCGAAUCCAGAGAAGGUUUCAGAACCACUGAUCCAUGUGGCCAAGCACCUUGGCAACCUACAUAGAUCAUGUGUGAAGAUACAGGAAAUUCUUAAAGAGGUUUUUCAAUAUACUGCUGUGACUCUGGACCCCAAGACUGCUCAUCCAAGUCUCAUCCUGUCUGAGGAUUUGACCAGUGUGAGAUUCGGUGUGGCUCAACAGCUUCCUGACAUCCCAGAGAGGUUUGAUCGUGCAUUUGUCCUGGGCUCUGAGGGCUUUAACUCGGGGACAAACUUCUGGGAUGUUGAGGUUGGGGAAAAUGCAUCAUGGGCCCUGGGUGUGAUCACAGAAUCUGUACCGAGGAAGGGGCGUAUACGCAAUGGACUCUGGUGUCUAUAUUAUGAUUCUGAAGGUGAAUACUCAGCAGAAUCCCCACCAAAGCCAACCAUUCCCCUCACAGUGAGACACACACCCCAGAGGAUCAGAGUGAAGCUGGACUGGGACAGAGGAGAGCUGUCAUUCUCUGACCCUAUUAAUAAAACACACCUACACACAAUCGCACAAACUUUUACUGAGAGAGUCUUUCCCUGCUUUUGUAACUUCUCUAAACGGCAGCCUCUAAAGAUCGUGCCAUAACAGUGGAAAAAAUAUAGUUCGAGCUGAUAAUGUCUCUUACCAUACAAUGUUGAAACAAGCCACCUAGCUACUGUUUGAAAACAAGAUAUUAUAGUGACUUGGACGAUUUGAACUUCUUGUUCAAACUGUUGAUAUGGCAUAAGAGAGUAGAAAACUGACAAGUAGUACUCUGCCCUGCACCUUAAAGACAUAGUCAUUGAACACUGGUCACUUUAAUUAUGCUUACAUACUGUUUUACCCAC